AUGGGAGGAACAGCCCAGCCACCAGUGAGGAAGCAGGAGGGAAGAGAGCUGCAGGGACAGCAGGAGGAGGUCAGAAUCACACCCGUGAACGCAACCCGAGGUGGGGAGGCAGCGGCCGGGAACGGGCUCUUCCCUCCCGCUCCUCUGCGCUGGGGGACGGAGCCGGGGCCGGAGCCGGGGGGGUCCCGCAGCACCCCCGGAAGCGCCGGGGCAGCGGCACAGGCGGGCGGGCUCAGCCCGGCCCUCGGGGCCCUCAGGCCUGCCCGGGCCCGCGCAGGCGUGCGGGGACUCGCCCGCGGCUGCUUUCCCACGGUGCGCGGCCGGGGGCUCCGAACGAGCGGGGCCGCACAGAACCCUUCUGGAAACGCCCCCCCCCCGCAGGCAGCCCGGGCACCGACCGCGCCCCACAGCACCCCCACGGCCGGGCCCCUUUGCGAGAGCACCCGCGCACCCGCACCCUGCAACUGCCCUCACCGCGAGCCCAGCGCCAACACCCACCCAUGCCCACGUGUGCCCAUGGCGCCGCGGCACAUGGACCCCGGCCGGCCCCAGCUCCCAGUGCCCGGCCCCAGCUCCCAGCGCCCGGCCCCAGCUCCCAGUGCCCGGCCCCAGCUCCCAGCGCUCGGCCCCAGCUCCCAGUGCCCGGCCCCAGCCGGGCUGGGGUCCUUGCUGCCCAGCCCGCACCCCGGAGGAGCAGGCACCACUCCGGGCCCAGGGCCCAGGCAGGCUCCUGAAGGUUCCCAGACACGACUCCGACUCCCGGCUCCUGCGCGGGUUUUCCACCCCUCCCCCCUCGCGACAGGUACGCCCCGAGGCUUUCCCAGCGCCCCAGCUCCCCGAGCCUUGUAUGGAGAUGCAGGGGCAGCUCUGACCCUGCUGCUGGAGGUCUCGCCUGCCCCGUGGCUCUGCAGGGGAUCCUGCUCAGGAGCGCCCUGGUGCCUCCCACAGCAGCGCUGA